AAUCUCUCGCUUGUCAGCUCAACAUUACUCGUCAUUAUUCCGUCAGUCUCAUUACUGGAAUUGAUGACGGAAAGGCGACGCAAACUCGAGGAGUUGCAUUGCUUAAGCUCCGCUCACUUCACUCAAGAUCAGACGUCAUUAUUCAAGCUCACAUUCUGCAGACGUUAACGAACAUCCUGCCAUCCUUCAACGCUGCACCACAGGAAUGGCCGCAUCUCACCAAGUUGACCUUGGCUGAUCCAUAUUUUCUGACACCACGGCCAGUGGAUAUCAUCAUUGGAGCUGAAUCAUAUGGGCAGAUCGUCAAGCCCAACAUCAUCAAACGAAAUACAUUGAUGCCAAUUGCGCAGCUCUCAAUUUUCGGAUGGCUCGUUCUCGGACCUGUCGACACAUCAUCGUCGGCAUCUGCUGCAGUGCAUCAUGCAUCGAUUCAGGAGAGGGAAGAUGCUCUCGACGAGUUAUUGUCGAGAUUUUGGACACAGGAAGAAGUGCCUGCGAGCACCAAUCUUGAUCUUACUCCUGACGAGCAAAGAUGUGAAGAACAUUUCAAGAGUACUGUUUCACGGAAGUACUGUUCAACAGGUCGAUACACAGUUCGACUUACACUGAAAUCAUCACUUGAUACUCUUGGCGAUUCGUAUCUCACUGCGCAUCGAUGUUUGAAAAGUUUACAAACAAGACUCUCACGAGAUGACAACUAUCGACGUCUGUAUCAUCAGUUUAUGACAGAAUAUCGAGAGCUCAAUCACAUGAAGAAGGCUUCACCCGUUUCCAGUCAGCACACACAAUAUUAUUUGCCACAUCACGGAGUGCUCAGACCAGACAGUGCAACCACAACAUUACGUGUGGUAUUUGAUGGCUCGAGUGCAUCUACCAGGAGCCAAGCUGCAUUUCGACAUCACCGAUGUUUUGCUCUGGAUUCGACAAGUUCGACCCUUAGUUGCCACUGA